AGAGACAUGACGUACAUACGCCAUAUUCGCCAUGUUUUGAUGUCGUCAUCCCCCCCGAACGCCGUUCGCCAAGUGCAGCACAAUAGUCUGUGUUUUGUAGUGAGUGUUUUCCCGUAACAGUGCGCUCGGCGCGUUCCUGGUGAUUCGGCCCGUUGAGUCAUUCGGCGCCCUCCCCGUAGCACGUAGAUCGCACGCACGCCGCUGGAAGCUGGAUAACCCGACAGAUCGCGACCACCUCGUAGAAGCUUCGCUAAACGUGAGCGCUCGAGCCUUUUUAUGUUCGAGGAAGUGGUGCGACCGCGGUGCGGGGGGGGGUUCGUGAGCGUCGUCUACGUGGUGAUCGUGCCCUAGUGCGGGACGAGCUAACGUCAUAACGCCGUGGUAUAAUAUCAUCCUUGUUUCAACUUAUAAGUUAGCACUGCCUCUUCCUCGCUAUUGGCCGCCGCUUGCGUGGGCUCCUUCAACGGACGGCCAGUCACUCGAUACCGUCAGCGGUUCCGCGGUUACAUCACGUCACCCUGAGCGGGCGGAUCCAGCGGGUCCCUCGGAUCCGUGCGGAGAGAGAGAGAGAAAGAGCGUCUGGCUCUUGGCGUGCGUACGUGCGUGCGUGCGUACGUGAGUGCGUGCGUGCGUACGUGCGUGCGUGCGCGCGUAUGUCUGCUCCUUUUUUCGCCUGCCGAACACGAGGAGGAAAAUGGAGCUACGUUUGCACUCGCCAGCGGGAGCGGAACCGAUCGUGUAUCAGUGGCCGCUCACUUCCGGCUCGGGAUCUGACCGUCAUGAUGGAGCACUGGACGUUGUCGAAACCAUGCGAUGGGUUUGCGAAGAUUUGCCAGACCUGAAAUUACCUUUAGAAAAUAAUAUUCUUUGUAAUUACGAUACCAGAGACUAUGAAAGUAUGAAAAAUUUAUGCGACAGAUUCAACAGAGCAAUUGAUAGUUUAGUACAAUUGGAGAAAGGCACUAGUCUACCAUCCCAGAGACUAAAUAAGAGACCUAGUAGGGGUUUACUUCGUCAUAUAUUGCAGCAAACAUAUAAUCAAGCUGUGGUUGAGCCAGAUAAGUUAAAUCAGUACGAGCCUUUUUCACCUGAGGUAUAUGGCGAAACGAGCUAUGAGCUUGUAUGUCAGAUGAUCGAUCAGAUUGACGUGACAGAGAAUGAUGUCUUUGUUGAUCUGGGUUCCGGAGUUGGUCAAGUGGUUCUUCAAAUGGCAGCUGCUACCUUGUGCAAAAUUUGCAUAGGUGUAGAGAGGGCCGAUGUACCAUCGAAAUACGCACAGAGUAUGGAAGUGAAUUUUCGCAAAUGGUUAAAUUGGUACGGAAAACGGUGUGGGGAGUACCGUUUGGUGAAAGGGGACUUUUUAGCAGAUGAACACCGCGAAAGCAUUACCGGAGCUACGAUAGUGUUUGUUAAUAACUUUGCGUUCGGCCCAACGGUGGAUCAUCAAUUAAAAUUACGCUUCGCCGAUUUACGGGACGGCGCGCGUAUAGUAUCGUCAAAAUCGUUCUGUCCGUUGAACUUUCGAAUAACAGAUAGAAAUCUCAGCGAUAUCGGCACGAUAAUGCACGUAUCUGAGAUGUCACCGUUAAAAGGCUCCGUCUCUUGGACUGGUAAGCCGGUGUCUUAUUAUUUGCACGUUAUUGAUCGAACUAAAUUAGAACGUUACUUCCACCGCUUGAAGAACAAUAAACAAGGUGGCUUAGAUGAAAACUCUGAUUCUGUGAUAAGCAACACUGCCAGCAAUAGUAGUAAGGUUUCUAAUAGGAACGAUAGAAGUGACAGAGCCAAGAGAGAUCUUUCGAGGCAAUUAGAUAGCCCGAAUCAUUCGGAACAACUUGGAACAAAUAGCGAUUCCGAUCUGGACGACAGUACUAUGAAAAGUCGUCGGCAGCCGAAUAAGAUACGGAGGAAGCUUAACAGGAAGAGCAAUGGCAUUACGAAAGCUCCAGCUAGAGGCAGACAGAGAGGACGGGGUGUCAAAAGAGCUAAGCCUAAGAAGGCGAUUAAUAUUUCUGGGUUAGACCUGUUACACAGUCAAACUUUACUCAGUACAUCACCCCAGGCUCUCGGCAAGAAGCCGCCGCCUGCGCCUGGUUGUGUAGAUCAACAACUUUCUUCGUUAUCGCUUUCUUUGCAGUCGCAUUCCACCUCCGUACAUGAGGAACUUAGUAUACCACCUGCUCCGUCCGCGACUCCGUAUGCUUUACAGAUACUUCUGGACAUGUACAGGGACCAAUUCAUGAUUUUGUUAGAAUCGAUGAGGACUCCCAGUUACCGAGUAUCCGUCAAUACGGAUAUCUCCAAGGAAAGAGAAAGAAAUUCCAAGCUUCAGUCGAGAGCAGCGCAGUUGGAAAAACAGAUCAAGGUUCUGAUCGACGACAGCGUGGCUCUUUUAAAGGCGAGAAUGACUGAAUUGGGUAUCAAUGCUACAUCACCUGGAGAUCUACUGGCGAAGGCCAAGGAGAUAGUUUUGCGACACAAGCAGCUGCAAGCUAAAGCGAGCAAAUUGCAAGCGCAAGUUGCGUCCAUGGAAACUGAACAGAGCAGGCUAGUGGCGCUCAGACAUCAAGAAUUACAAGAAAAGUACAACAAUCACGCUAGUGCAAACGGCAUAUCGAAUCUAUCCCAAUCGCUCACGCAGGAUUAUAUAUUGAAAGAAAUUUCCGCUACUCUGUCCCAGCGCAAGCGAUUACAUUCUCAAGUUUCGAAACUUGAGCACGAGUUGAAUGUAUUAGAGAGGACAAGUAACGAGAAGCAAGCAGCUGCCAUGGCUCAGCAGCAGAGGAGCGAUGUAAUGGGAACUAAACUCGCGCAGAAUUUACAUCUUCAGUCGCAGGUCGGCAAGAGCGGAACAACGCGGAAAAAUCGAGAAGGCCGUACCAGGUCGCACGAAUGGCCCGACGUGCCGGACAUCGGGAAAAUACAGGAAAACAAUCCGGAGAUACUGGCGCAAAAGAUCUUGGAAACGGGAAGACAAAUCGAGGCAGGUCGAAUACAGAACAGACAGAAUACGAAUAUCAACAAUAAUUCCAGGACUAGAUUGCCGCAGGCGUCGCUCAGUUUCUCGACCACGUCAUCGUCUAUCUCAUCCACGCAAUCACAGAUAGUCAAUAAAGACGCGCUGAGUAGGACUCAAGAACCACCCAGAGUGGCUAAUUUCGAAGAUAGAUUGAAGAGCAUAAUCACAAGUGUGUUGAACGAAGACCAACAGAACAGAAACAAGCAGCAGCUGCAAUUGCAAGUGCAAAUGCAAAAUCAGUCCGAGCCUGAGAAGAAACGCCUCUCGUUGCCGCAGAAUGUCUCUACUCCGGAUUACACGCAGGUUUCACCCGCGAAACUAGCUCUUCGCCGUCAUCUAUCGCAAGAACGUCUCUCGUCAUCUCAUUUGACAUCAUCCGACAGACCGACGGUUGAUUCUAGACAAUCAUCGAGUCAUGACAAUCGCCUUGUGGCAGGUGGAAAUGGAUUGCUCGGUGCUAGAACAAUCGGCGAGCUCGUCAACGGGGAAAUUGAGAGGACCUUAGAGAUAUCCAAUCAGUCAAUAAUAAACGCCACUGUCGAUAUGAGCGCAAUGAUAAGACCGGAAACUGUGUAUUCGCCCAUUAGCAGGCCUGCGAGUGCUGAGGGUGACGCUGGUCUAUCGACUUUGGCGCAUGUAGCCAGUUACGCACCUAUCUCCUCCGGAAUUUCCACAUCCACUCCAACGACCAGUUCGAGAUCGUCUGUGCUCUUUACUCCGGUAACGCAACCUCAAAGAUACACGCCGGUUCAGUUGCCGCGAGCGGAUAUCAAGCCUUACCACGAAUCGUACUUUGCGGAUAAUCUCUCGCAGUCACAAACACAAUCCCAUCCCACAACACCGUCGCUACAUUCGUCUCAGAGCGCAUCGAACGGAGAAUUGUUACCUGUGGAAGGCCUCGCGGCCUCGUUGCACGCUCGAAUAUUGAACAACUCCAAUAGUAACAGCAAAGUCGACCUGACACUUUCCAACGGCAACAGAAGUUCUAGAUUUCAACCGUACUCGCGAUACACAUGCACCAGUAAUAAUAAUGCCAAUGCGACAACAAGCGGCACAGUGACGGCGCUUUGUCAGUCGCAACCUGCAGUGUCAAUAAAAACGGAAACAGUUGUAUCGUCGGUAAGCGGAGCAUCCUUGAGUCCUCUCGUGGAACCGCAUUCUAAUAUGUCGACACCGCUAGUCGACGAGCCCCAGAUGACGACGCGAAGGCAACGAAAUGCCAUGGCUGACGACGACGGAGAAGCCGAUUGGCAAGAUCGCAUCAGCUCGGGAUUCGAUCGCUUGGUCGCGUUUGCUUCUACAGAGUUGGACAAACGCAGGCGAUCUACCGAAGGAGUGAACACAAGUCCCGACAGCGGAUUAGGCUCGGACAGCGCGGUAACGGGGCCGCCGCCGGUAGUACCGUCGCCCGACGAAGCAUUAGGGCCGCCAAGGACACCCUCACCGACCAGCCCCCGUCCUCCGAAUCCAUCCAACGGUAAUCCCCCGAACGGCGCGUCCACCUCCUCGGUACCUCUGAAAUACCAACGGCAACCGGACCCCGAGCGGCAUCACUAUAAGAAAAAAUUUUUUCAUCGCGAUUGGAAUAAUUCUGCGAGCACUAGCAAGUUUCGUCCUAAAGGCAAGGAUUGGGAUUGGAAUCACUGUGGACAAUGGCCUUCGAACGACGAACAAUCCUAACUCUAUCUUUACUGCGCUCGUUACGAUGGACCGACCGGAAUAAUUGGCAUCAGAAAAGAAAAAGAGGGAAAAGAGAAAGAGCAAGCCAGCAAAACCUCUGUGUGUUCGUAGCAAAUAUUUGCUGCAAAUUUUAUAUGCGGCUAAAUAUCUUCCACCGUUUCUCUGGAAGAUGUAUACCUAAGUGUUCACUGUGGCUCAUAGAAUUAUUGUAACAACGGACAGCGAAGGGAAAUAGUCACUUGUGGCGGGAAGUUGAAAAAUGCGGAAAAUUUGUUCUUUUUUGCACGCGCAUCUACAUAACGUCGUUGUACGAUUAUAUACAUGGAAUAUCCAAAGAGAGUGGUACUUGCGAGUGAGUUUACAUAGUUUCGAGUGGUGCACCGGUAUUGGGCAUCACAUGUGUGGGUGCAGUGAGCGAGCGAGCGAGCGAGCGAGAGAGAGAGAGAGAGAGAGAGAGAGAGAGAGAGAGAGAGAGAGAGAGAGAGAGAGAGACGAAUAAGAGUAAUCAUCAAGUAAUAGUAUUUCGAGUCGACGAUUUAUCCGAGGCAUACGUCGACGCGACAAUUAAUUGUAUAAAGGUCCUUUCUUUUUUAUGUUGUCUCGCAUUGUCUUACUUAUAUAUAUAUAUACACGAAGAAAAAGAAAGGUCACCUCGUGAUUCGGAGAUUUCGAAAGAAUUAGUUAACGAUCAUUAUUUAACAAUCCCCUGUAUGGGUCUUUAUACAUUUAUAGUUGUAACGAUAUAGCCCUCUGCCAAGCAUGUCGGACACACUGCCGAAACUUCUAUUAAUUAUUAAUUUUAUUGAACGUAACUAUUAUUUAUUGUUUUUAUUGAAAUAUUUUAAUACUAUUACCAUUUGUAACAAGUAAA